UGCAAUUGUCUUCCUGUUCUGGUGUUUAAUACCUAAUACUUAAUGGAUGAAAAGUGCCACAUUGUGUUUUAGGAUAUUGGUGUAUUGGAAUGAUGAGAUACAUAACAGCGUAAUGGAGCACUGGAGAUGGACAAGUGUUUAAAGCGAAGCUCAUUUGCAGAAAGUGGAGGAACAUUAGAGGAAAUGACACAGGCUUCAUCAGGCUUUUGGAUCCACAUUGCUGGAAAUAUGUGUCACUCCCUGCAGUCACAUGCUGUAAUGUUUCCUGUUGCAAACCUGACAUGGGCUUUGGCACUGGGGAAACAGUGACUGCCUACGCACUAACAUUAUUUCCAGAUAAGAGGAAUUUGAGAGUCAUAAUUAUGUCAUAAGUAGUGUGGUUGGCUGUACUUUUGCACUGGGGAGUUGUUGAUGAACUAACCGAAUAGAAAGGAGACAUGCUCCAGAGGGCUGAAGCCUACAAUGUUGAUGAAGAGACUCAAGCCUCAGAGUCAAACCCCUUCUCAGACAGCAGUAAAGCUCCUUAUCAGCAUCGCUCUGACUGCUACCGGGAAGGAAGCUGUGGCCCUCCAGGCCGCCGGGGGCCGGUUGUGGGUCCCCCAAGCCCUGCUUGCCUUACCUGGGCUCAGCGCACCCGUAACCAGCCAGCUAGUCUGGCCUUACGCAAACAGGAGGAGGAGGAGAACAAGAGGUGCAAAGCUCUGUCUGACAGCUAUGAGCUCUCAACUGACCUCCAGGACAAGAAGGUGGAGAUGCUGGAGAGGAAAUACGGUGGCUACUUCCUGAGCAGACGAGCAGCACGCACCAUCCAGACUGCCUUUCGUCAGUAUCGCAUGAACAAGAACUUUGAGCGCCUGCGCAGCUCAGCUUCCGAGAGCCGCAUGACAAGGCGCAUCAUCCUGUCCAACAUGCGUAUGCAGUACUCAUUUGAUGACCGGCAGUCUCAAGCACAGCCUCAGACCUGCCAUAGCCCCGGCAUGGGCCCUCCACAUUCACCUGACCUGGAGCCCGAUUCACCUGCCCAACCAGAAUAUACCCAUUUAGAGGACUCCUUCUCUAAACAGGUGAAGUCCCUGGCUGAUUCCAUUGAUGAUGCUCUAGCAUGCCGUCCAGGUAGAGAAGACUCCCAGGACGGCCUCGGGGACAGUGGUGCUGUUGACGACUUUGGUGAGUGCAUCUGGAGCAGCAACAGCCACCCAUCUCUCCGUCGGGGACUGGGUGAGCGGGAGCGAGGCAGCACAGGAGGUGGUCUGAGCAUGCACGAGGAUAGCACAGCCACGUCAUACAGCGAUGUCACACUCUACAUGGAUGAUGGUUUGCCCUCAUCACCACUCUCUCUGGACCGGGCACCAAGCAGUACAGACACUGAAUUCUGGGGGGGAAUGACCAGUGGGGUUGGUGGGCGAGAGGACAGCCGGGAUACUGAGGGGGGUGGCAGCAGCAACAGCCGGCGCAGUACUCCAUGUACAGAGUGCAGAGAUUACCGCCUCAGAGGGGCACAUUUGCCUCUGCUCACAAUCGAGCCACCCAGUGACAGCUCGGUGGACAUGAGUGACCGCUCAGACCGCGGUUCCCUAGGCCGGCAGUUGGUGUAUGAGCAGGACUCAAGUGGGGGUUCCCCUCAGGGCACGCUAAAGCACAAUCCCAAUGCCAAAGCGCAAGGCCAAGCACGUCCAGCUAGCCGACCAAUAGCAACAAACGUCCCGCACCAUGUGACUCACCACCACCACCACCAUCACCACCACCAUCAUCAUCAGUAUCCUGACACGCCAUCAUCUUCCUCAUCUCCCCAGCAGCCCCCCACUACGCCGCUUUCAUCCUCCUCUUCCGCACAGCUGCCUUCCGGUGGCUUGGAUCAGCAGUGUUGCUCAGAUGGCGAUAAUGACUCGCUAAACUCCACCACAAACUCCAAUGAGACCAUUAACUGCAGCUCUGGCUCAUCAUCCAGGGACAGCCUGCGGGAACCACUGCCACCUCUGGGGAAGCAGACAUACCAGAGGGAGAGCCGCCACAGCUGGGACUCUCCUGCUUUCAACAAUGAUGUGGCACAGAGAAGGCAGUAUCGCAUUGGACUCAACCUCUUCAACAAGAAACCAGAGAAGGGCAUUCAAUAUCUGAUAGAGCGUGGUUUUGUGUCGGACACACCCGUUGGCAUUGCUCGCUUUAUCCUAGAGAGGAAGGGCCUAAGCCGACAGAUGAUCGGGGAGUUCCUGGGCAACCGACAGAAGCAAUUCAACAAGGAUGUACUCGAUUGUGUGGUUGAUGAGAUGGACUUCUCCGGAAUGGAUCUAGACGAUGCUCUAAGGAAGUUUCAAGCCCAGAUCAAGGUACAAGGAGAGGCCCAAAAAGUGGAACGACUAAUUGAGGCUUUCAGUCAGAGGUAUUGUGUGUGUAACCCUGCACUGGUGCGACAGUUCCAGAACCCUGACACUAUCUUCAUCCUGGCUUUUGCCAUCAUCCUCCUCAACACAGAUAUGUAUAGCCCAAGUGUCAAACCAGACAGGAAGAUGAAGUUGGAUGACUUCAUUAAGAACCUGCGAGGAGUAGAUAAUGGACAGGAUAUCCCUCGUGACCUGCUGGUGGGGAUCUACCAGCGCAUUCAGAAAUGGGAGCUGAGGACCAAUGAUGACCAUGUGUCCCAGGUCCAAGCUGUGGAGAGAGUCAUAGUGGGCAAGAAACCAGUCCUGUCUCUUCCCCAUCGCAGGCUGGUAUGCUGCUGCCAGCUUUACGAGGUGCCUGACCCCAACCGACCACAGCGCACCGGUGUACAUCAGAGAGAAGUGUUCCUCUUCAACGACCUGUUGGUGGUAACAAAGAUCUUCCAGAAGAAGAAAACGUCUGUCACAUACAGUUUCCGGCAGUCAUUCCCUCUGGUGGAGAUGCAAGUCCACAUGUUCCAAAACUCCUACUACCCUCAUGGCGUCAGGCUAACAUCAGCAAUCCCAGGUGGUGAACGUAAGGUGCUAAUUGUGUUCAAUGCACCAAGUCAGCAGGAUCGUACGCGCUUCGUCAGUGACCUGAGAGAGAGCAUCGCUGAAGUCCAGGAGAUGGAGAAAUACAGGGUUGAAUCGGAGCUUGAGAAGCAAAAAGGUGUGAUGCGGCCCAGCCUUCUUAGCAGCAGUGUAGUGAGUGGCGGUGUGGGCGGAGUCAAAAACGAAGUAGUGAAUGGCAGCAUUGGAAGAUCUAGUCUGGAUGACAACUAUUCACCCAGUGAAGGCCUGAAACGCACUGCUCUCAGCUCCUCACUUAGGGACCUGUCUGAUUCAGGGAAACGCGGUCGCAGAAACAGCGUUGGUUCCCUUGACAGUACAAUGGAAGGUUCCAUCAUUAGCAGUCCACAGCCUCACCAGCGUUACCCAGUAGCCACUGUGCUGUCGAGCUGCUAUGGAACCGAAGAGUACCGGCCUCACCGCCCCAUCCUGAGCCCCGGAGUGGGGGUGGGGGGUGGGCCGGGGCAGCAACACACCACGGCGCCCGCACCUCCUGGCACUGUGCCUCCAGCCUCCAGCAGCAGCAGCAGCAGCGAGAGAGGAGCCACCAGUGGGACAACAACCAGCGCCACUUCCUUCCUGGGAUCACUGUUUGGGACGAAACGGGCCAAAACACCAGGCCCCAUCAUACCCCCGGGGCCACCCUACCCCGCCCCUAUGGUGCCAGCACCACCACCGCCUCUUACCCCUUUGCCCCUGUGCCCUCCAGAGUCCACUGGCACAUCCAAGAUCCAAUACUGUCACACUAUGGGUGCGGGCAUGGCUGGGCACCCCCCGCCACCAUACUGCCACCCGCACCAACGCUGCCAACACGGUGGUCCUCAACGUCAGCAUGCUACGCUACAGCGGGUCACACUACCACGCCGACCAAUCCACAACUCCUCCCCCUAUCUGCCACCGCUCUCCCAACAUCCUUUUCAGGCUCGCUUCGGGAAUUUGGGCAAUGGGGGAUCAACGUGCGUUCCUCCUCCCCCCCUUUCUCCUCACUCCCCACUAUCCCAACACCCGCCGUUUGCCCUCUGCCACGCACAGCUCACACACUCAGCCAGAGGGGGCGCCGCUGUGGGCAAAACGCCACUAGCUCUGUCACACUCACAACCACACCCGCAUCAACACGCACACUCCCACGGGCAUACGCCCCACCCUGCCCAUCCGCCCCACCCUGCCCAUCCGCCACACUUCGUGUUCACCAGCCCACCGCCACCGUUCCCAGCGCCCACUCCGCCACCCCUGCCAACCUCCGCUCCAUCCGCCGCGGCCCAGCACACGUCGCCGGCCGCCCCGUAUCCGCCCCCGUAUCCUCCGCUUUCCUCCAUCCCACCUCCCCCCCUCCACUCCCCUUUACCCCCCCCUUCCUCCCCCCUUACCCCUCUUACGCCUCUCUCCCCUCUCCCCCCCCCCUUGCACCCCGCCCCGCCACCGCCACAGGUCACGGCACCAUCGCCAGGUCAGACUGGCACAGCCGACCGGGCCAAAUCCAAGCCUGCCAGCCGGAUCAGCACGGUAGUAUGAGCAGGGGCAAAGGAAAAGUGCGCUCCUGGGGCUCGCUACGAGGUCCCCUGGUGGUGGGAGGAGGAACAGCAGAGAGAUUGGAAGACAUGGGAGGAGGAAGCCGGACCAGGACGGAGGGCAGCAAGAGGAAACGCAACUUACUGAGACUCUGUUACUUUCAUUUGCGCUUCCCACAAGUAUAGAGGAAGACAGGACAUGGGAGACAAUGUGCGUACACAUGAUAAGCACAUUCAGAAAUGCACUUCACAUGUAAAACAGGGUCCGUCAUCAUACAGUGGAUAACAGUUCAAGAAAAUGAAAUCUCAGAAAUGAUGCAAAGAAGCACAACUGACUUUAACUGAAAGUGUGUAAGUUACUGAAUCAGUGACAAGCAAUGAAUUUCUUUGUUUUCUUCUCUUUCUUCAAUUAUACAUCAAAAAUUGAGCCAUAGCACGUAACAGAAAUAAAAUGCAACCAGGUAUCAAACACAUGGGCAUGUAUACACAUAAUUGCACACAAAUCCUGACUAACGAGUAUGCACAGGGAGUGAAUAAAAUGCCUAUAGCCAUAAGAGAAUUUAUUCUAGGAGUCAGCACAUGAAGAAACACGAAGAGCUCGUCUCAGUCUAUAUAUUAAUGUAGGAAUGAAAGUAGACCCUGUAGAUCAGGGAGACCUACAAUGAACGAGUCUUUAUCCUCGACUGGACAUACAGUGUAAAUCCAUUCUGUAAGACAGAACAAGUGAAAUGUGUUUUAAGCUCUAGCUUAGCAGACACAGAAAAUAUACGCAAUAAACAGUUAUACUAACCAAUAACCAAUAAUUAAUUGAUGUUCAACUUGUAGUCUUGAAGUCUUGCUCUUCUCCUGUAUAAAGAUCAUCUCAUAAGAGAGGCAUAUUUAAAGCGCAUACAAGAAACAUGACUAAUUUACCAUUUUCGUUGUUGCCAGUCAGAUUUCAAGCUUCACCAAUUUAUUUAUAGAUCUGACCUAAACAAAUUGUCAAUUGUCUGAGUUGAUUAUUUUGGCUCCCAGUGCUAACCUCUACACUAACCUCUACACUCUAAAAAAUAAAGGUGCUUCAGUGGUUCUUCAAAUCUCUGGAUGGUUCCAUGGAGAGUCAAAACUCUGUGAUGAACCAUUACAUUAUACGAAAGGUUCUUCACAUUGGAAAUGGUUCUUCAGAGCCUGGCAUUCUCUUACCAUUUGCUGGUCAAUGCACAUAGGCUAUGUUUACACAAAUCUGUCUUCACUGCUCAAACAAAUGGUUUAAAUGGUUCUUUAAAGAACUGUUGCAUGAACGGUUCUUUGAAGCCCUGAAAAAGGUUCUUCUAUGGCAUCGCCCUGAAGAACCGGUACUGGCCCCAUUAUUUUUUAGAGUGUACUACCAUUAAAUUUGACCUUACAUUUUUGAACGUAUUAACAUCCUUGUAUGCGUGCUAUUAAAUCAACAUUCUAAAGGGCUUGAUUUUCACUUGAUUACCUGAAGGAGUUACUUUACACGUUACUUUACCCAUGUUUGAAGAUAUGAGUAUAAUUAUUUAACUUUUCACUGCCAAAGGAUCUGUUCAUUGCUCUAAAAUCUGCUAUAAUUUGUCAUUAAUAAUAAUAAUAAUAAUAAUAAUAAUGAAAAUAACAAAACUUUGCUGGAUAAUGAGUUAUCUAGGCAGUUUGCUAAAGGCGGUACUAUUUUUGCGCCACAGGUGUGCUCAAAACAAAUAGUAAACUGCCAGUCACAUUUAGCAAACAUAAACAAGCUACAAUGGAUACGUGAAGUUUGCAGAGAUCUGUAACAAUGAAUUGUCUGUACAAUUGAAUUGUAUUCUUGUUAGUGAUUAACCUGAGAAAUGGCUUGCAAAUCAAGCUAGCUGAAGUCACGGUUCUGUGAAAAGGCACUUACUUUUUAACAGACGUUGGAAUUUCAGUGAGUUUCUUGAUUUACUGUCACAAUACCGUGUCUGUGGAAAUAAUGGCUGACUGAAUUAAUCCAGUUCAGGAACUUGUGAUGGGUAGUAACUGUCGUCUGAAAGAAAUGCUCCAGGAGGCACUGCAGCUGCUCUCACUGUUCCUCUUCCUUUUAGUCUUUGCCUAACUGAAAUGCCUAUAUGUUGUAGUGCAAAUCAGAUGCAUUCCACAGGACUGUAUUGAUGCUUUCAUCAUUUUGCAGGUUGUUUUCCUUUGUUUACUAUGGAUAUUAUUUGUUUUGUUGAUUAUUAUUAAUAUUACUAUUAUUAUUACCAGUAUUUAUGUUAUGAAAUGAUACAUAUACUAUAAAUACAACAAAAUUAUAUAUCCAUACUGUAUAUACAUCCACUCAUAGUUAACCAGAGAGUGUGGCGGAGACUAUAGAAAUGUGAUUACUGGUGGAUUUUAUGGACAAUAACACUUGCCUUUACAAGUGUUUACUGAAUGUCACAGACUUUGUUCUGGUAUUUAUUCAUACUAACAGCCCCCCCAGAUGUCUUGUUAUGAGCGUUUGGUUCAUUUUAAGUGUGUGCAAUACAGAAUUUGCAUCAAAGAAAGCCAUUUUUUUUUCUUUAAACGAUGAAGGCUUUAAUUCCUUUUUCUUUUGGGUAUAAAUAUAAAUAUUUGCACAUUAAUUUCAUUUUCAAAGGUAAUUCAUUUCAUUGUAUAAGUACACAGUGUAUAUGAGGCUCUACAUUGCAGCAGGUCAAAAACAAACCAGGAAUAUAGAUUCACAAAACGGUUUGAACAGAUGGAACCAGCCAAUGGAUUGACCAUUUUUUCUCCCACCGCAUAUCCCAUCCCCUUGCAUGACUGCAGUACUUACUGAAUGAGGAGUGUUCUAUAAACAGAUUUGUACAUAAUAUAGCCAAUUAUAAUAUGAUAUAAUGUUGUUUAUGGAACAGACAAAACUAUUAUUCAGGUUUGAUUGUGUGUGUGUGUGUGAAUGUGACGCCUGUGUGAGAGUAUAUCAUUCAGUGUAGGUGAAUAUUGCAUAUUUAUUUUGUAAGCCUAUACUAAUGUAGGCCUAUAUGUCACAACCAAGCUGAAUGUUCUUUUAGAAAUCUAUGAAAUAUGAAGUCAUCGAAUUUGUGUACAGAAUUUGUGCAACAGAAUACAGAGAGAUGUGAAUAUUUAUUGCUUCGAAGCUAUUAUAAAGUGUCCUUGCAGUGGAUAAAA